AUGUCCUUUCCGCCUCCUCCAGGUCUCAAACAGACUCCCUCGUCACUUCCACCCCGCCCACCCCCAUCUUCCAACACCGCGCAGCCUCCUGCUGCCAACACUGCGGGGCAUGGAGGUAGAUCCCGGCCAACGGGCUACAGCGCCUUCACAGCCUUCCAGCCGCGCACGGUAGCUUCCAGUCAAGCGCAUCGCGCCAACACUCACUCAGCCUCGAUUCCGCCCGUCUCCGCUACUGGAUACGUGACCCCCGCUACCGGCUACGGAGCUCCCUAUCAACAAGCUCCAGCAUAUCAGAGUGGGUCUUCCUACUAUGGACAACCUCAGUACCCUGAACACACGUACGGCCAGGCCGUCCCACACAUUGUGAACCCAUUCGGAACAACCCCCAACCAGAACAACUCCGCAUAUCCAGGCAAUAGCAAUGACCCCAGCAUGGAUGCAGAGACUGCGGCUCAGAUUGCGCAAUGGCAGAGUGCCUACGUUAAGCCAAUCGAAGACUCAACCAACAAGCGCCAAGCUAACUACCCGGGUUCGGGCAUGAAUUCUGGAGCUGGAACCCCAACCAUCGGCGCUAGCGCUUCUAUCCCGAAGCCCGAGUCACAGAAAACAGUCGUGCGUUCUGGCGGUGGUGAAACAUGGCAAGAUCCAACUCUCUUGGAGUGGGACCCAGCACACUUCCGCCUCUUUGUGGGUAACCUUGCAGGCGAAGUGACGGAUGAAUCUUUGUUGAAGGCAUUUUCUCGCUAUACAUCAGUCCAGAAAGCCCGCGUGAUUCGGGAAAAGCGAACGCAGAAGAGUAAAGGGUUUGGCUUUGUCAGCUUCAGUGGCAGUGAUGACUACUUCAAGGCGGGACGAGAAAUGCAAGGCAAGUACAUUGGCUCACACCCAGUGUUGCUGCGCCGAGCGACGACCGAAGUUCGUCCAACCUCGACCAAGCAUGGGAAGAAACAGAACAAAGGCAAAGCUACUACCGGUGGAAAAGUGAAGCAAGAUGGUGUCAAGAAGCCAGCGAAGACCAAGGGAGGAUUGAAGAUUCUGGGCUAA